AUUGUUCAGCAACCCUGGCUUUGAAACAGUUAGCAUCGAAAGCAAGCGUCUUUUAAGUGAAACCGCCAAAACGUCGCACAAUAUUUUAUAAUCCCACAAGUUCGCGAAAUAAUUGCAUGAAAUAUGGAAAAAGAUGAUGUGCAUCAUGUGCCGCACUGCCGCGAAGUGCGUUCGUUUUUAAUGCCACGCGAUCCAAGUGUAGAUCGCAGAUUUCGACCGCGUCCUAAUAAACAGCAACGACUCUUUAAUGAGGUGAUUAUGGAGUCGGACGACAACAGUUCUACAGAUGCCUCGGACACAGAAUCUGAGUAUGCUUCAACGAACUACGACGAUGAGGGCUCGUCGACAGAGCACAGUGAAGUGGAGUCCGGGCCACAGGUGUUUCUACGCUUGCGACCCGUGGAGUCUCCAUCCAAAUUGUAUGUUGUUUCUGGCGAUGGAAAUGUGCUUAUUACCAGUGCAGCACCCAACGAGAAUAGCAGCAAUAACAUGAAUCGCAUGGAGAAACAUUACAGCUUCUCCAGCAUCUUUGAUAGCUCGGUGGGUCAACGUGAUAUCUACGACAAGUGUGUGGGACCCAAAAUCAUGGAGGAGGAAUGUGUCACAAUAAUGGCAUAUGGAACAUCUGGUUCUGGCAAAACCUACACACUGCUUGGCGACAAUGCAAUGGCUGGCGUUAUUCCGCGUGCUCUGGAGAAUAUCUUCACGAUGUACAAGAAUCAAUUAUACACAACGCCCAAGGUGAAGCUGGUAAAUUCACACAUGUUGCUUUUGGAGGAUGAUGUUGUUCUUGAAGAGUUGCAAGCACGUCGCCAAUUGUUGGCGCUUUGUCCAGAUAUCUCAGCCCAAUACAAUCGACUUCAUCAUGCCAUCCAAGGCGAUCAUGAGUUCGUGCCAAUGGAAUCGGAGGAUGUGUCCGUCAUGAUCUGGGUGUCAUUUGUGGAGAUCUACAAUGAGCUCGUUUACGAUCUGCUGACCCUGCCACCAAAGCAGGCAACUAUGAGCGAACCGCGUCGAAAGAAUCUCAAGAUAGUGUGCAACAAGGGUCAAGUAUUCAUCAAGGGUUUAACUAGCAUAUUUGUAAAGAGCGGCGAAGAGGCAAUCAAAUUGCUUCGCUUAGGUCAGCAGCGUAUCACAUACGCAUCGACAGCUGUCAAUGCCAAUUCAAGUCGCUCGCAUUGUGUCUUCACUGUGAACGUUUUGAAAUACCAUCGAUCGGGCAUGACAACGUGUAGCUCAUACAAAUUCUGCGAUCUCGCUGGCUCUGAGCGUGUGGAUAAAACGGGCACGAUUGGCUCUCGACUGCGGGAAGCACAAAGGAUUAACACAUCGCUUAUGGUGCUGGGUCGCUGCCUAGACGCAGCGAGUUCGACGAAAAAAAAGAAUAAUGCGGACGUUAUACCAUAUCGAGACUCGAAGCUAACAUUGUUAUUACAACCUGCAUUACUGGGCACGGAGCGAUUGGCCAUGAUUGUGACGGUAACACCCCUGGACAAAUACUUCGAAGAGAAUCUCAAUGUGCUGAGCUUUGCGUCCAUAGCGAAAAAUAUAAUUUUUAAGCAGCCAAUUAUCAAACAACACAACACACGUUACUCGGGCUUCGCCGAGAGCAAUCUACCCCCAGCGAUAAGAGAUCUGAAACGCAUCGAGGAAUUGGAGGAACAAAAUUAUAAACUGCAGGCUGAAAUUGAUCAAAUGAACUAUCAGCAUUUACUGCAGAUGCAGCUACUGGAGGAGAAGUUGCGCAAGGAGCUGACAGACAGAUUUCAAGCCAACUUAGAGAUGAAUAUAAAGCAGGGCGAGGAACGACUGGAUAAAAUGCUGCACAUGCAGUCUCGCGAAUUUGAAGCAAAGAUAGCUUCAAUUAAUCGCAAACACGCAGAAGAGAUUGAGGACUUGAAAGAUGAAAUCGAGGAAUUGAAAUCACCAAAUAGCGAUAUCGAAAUCAUCGAUGAUUAACACUUAACAUUGAACAUUUCAUUUCCUUUGCUGAUCGUGGUUGUUUUUAAUGUAUUAUUUCUAAAAUUUCUGUUAAUCUGCUAUUGAAAAACAAAAGCAUAAAAAAUUAUUAAAUAAGAAUAUUUGUGUCAAUUUUAAACACUUUUUGCAAAAGCAUUUUUAUUCAAAUUUCUCAUAUUACUGCAUUACUUCAUCUGGAUUUUUCAUCAUUAAUUUCAUAUCUUCUUGUUUUAUAAUAAGUAGGUAUUUUCUUUUUUUCUUUUACUUGGUUUUUUCACUUUAAUAUGUUUAUAAUUAGGAGUUUUCGCUUUUAAUGGAAUUACACACAUAUAUAUAAAUACAUAUAUGUCUGCGCUAUGUGUAUGCGUGUGUCCGUACUGUGUGUGUGUAUGUGUGUCAAGAGUGUGUAACUGUUUCUUCAUUGUGAGAUUUCACUGCACAAAAAAAUUAAAUAGAUUAUAUUUUAUCAAAAAAAUCAGAAAAAAAAAACAAAUAGUAAAAUCCGUAUUAUAUGUUUUGUAAUUAAUGUCUCAUUUAGCAAAAUGUGCAAAAUAGAGUAUUUAUUAUAAAUUUUGGAAUUGUGUUUUUAAAGUUUUUUUGUUUUUCUUUCAUUCGAUUUUGGUUUUGUUUUCGGGUUUUCGCCUUGUAAAUAUGCAUAUAUAUAUCAUGUAUAAUUUUGCAUUAACGUUUACAUUACGUUCGUUUAAAUCGUACUGGCUAAAAAUUUAGUACUAUAAAAGGUUAUAUUUCAAGGUUAUCUUUUUGUUUUUCUUUUUUUUUCAUUCUAUUCAUAAUCAUAGUUAUCGGAUUUUUCAUUUUCUUUUUUUUAGUUAAAUUCUGCAAAAGCAAUUAAGUUUCCGUUUUAUUACAAUUAAUGAUAAAAAUACACAUAUGUCGCAUUUGCUUUGCAAACGAAAAGAUUUCUUGUUUUUUUUUUUUUUGUACAUUUUGCAUAAAUAUUUUUCCAUUUUUCUAAAUUCAUAUUGCGUGUGUCAGUGUGUGUGUGUGUAUGUGAGUAUAUUAAUACUACCAAAUUUCCUGUAAAUUAUAUAUAUAACUUUAGCUGACGAAUAUUUUGUUUAGCAGCUCUUAAACUCGAAUCAAACAAGGUAUCAUUUCAAUAAUUCAUAAAAAUAAAUAUUUUAAGGUGUCUCUCUGUGUGUGUGUAAUUAUGGGGGCUUAAGGUUUGUGAUUUAUUUAAUUACUAUAUUUUUCAAUUGUUUUUUUUUUGUUUUUCUCUGUUUAUGUGUUCUCUUUUUUUAACUAUACAAAUUUGUUCGAGUGUUUAAUUAUUAUUUUGGGGGUUUCCAUUUUGUUUUUUGCGUUUUUUGAAACAUUCUUGGUUUUGUUUUUGCCUUUUGUUUUAAAAAUUAAGCUCAAUAAUCUUAAAUUAUUAAUGUAGUAUUUGCUUUUUCCGGUUAAUUUAUAAAUGUGCUGAGCUUUGUUUACACGCUUUGCUAUUCAUCGCUUUUUCCAUUUUCUUGUUUUUCUUGUCGUUUCAUUCCUAUGUGUGUGUUUGUGUGUUACGUGUAUAUGUUUUUCUAAAAUUGUUUUUAAACAUUUGCCUUAUUGUGUUACAUAUUGUUUCGUCAUUUACUUAAUGUUUUGCUUUUUGAAUUGUUUCUGUUUUGUGUCUGCUCCUGCUGCUGUUUUGAAUGUUUUUGUUAUUUAUUUUUUGUUUUUGUUUGUUUGUUUUUUAGCUACUUGAAACAAUUUACAAUAAAUUACAAAAAUGUUUUGUAAUUGCUAAAAAUGUUUAAUACUCAUCAAGUGUCGUGUUAACUGCCGCAACAACAAUAACUGCCCACAAGAGUUUCCCUUGUUGUUAUUGUUGUUGCUGCUGUUUUUAUUUAUGUUUUGUUUUUCAAUUGUU